GUUUCGAACGUGCAAGCUCGGGCCAAAGGCUACAUGGUGCCAUGGAGGGUGUUGCCUUGGAGUUCCGCCGGGCCUGGCACGACUUGCUCUAUGGGAAAGCGGAUUGGAGAAGCUUGGGCCGUCGAGCUGCUCCCUUGGCUGCGGCGGCUGCUCUUGGCACAGGCUUUUUGUACGUCCGGAAGCAGCAAGCGCCGCCUGAAGGCGACUUUCUGGCUACAUGCACCUACAGGUGCAAUGCCUCAGACUUCGGAGGUGCCCUCUCGAAGCAUUUGCCGAAGGCGCAGGCCCAGAUAGACGCCCUGCAGCGUGCGGCUCGACGCUUGCGUGGCCCCAUCGAGAGAGACUUGAUGAUUGCAAAGCUCAAGGAGGCGCAGGACGAUGCAGCAAGCAUCAUGGAGCGCCUCCUCGAGGACUGGAAGCGUGCUGGCUAUUUUGAUGAGCCACUCACAGCACAGAGGCCUAGACCGGCCUUCCCAGGCAUCGAUCUGGUAACCCAGGUAGAUGAAUCCUACGGGCGUGACAUCGGCAGCGAGGUGCCCUUGUGCCUCCUCAAGGAUACCCGAGAUGUCUCCAUUCCGCGGACGCUGAGCCCGGAGGACUGGCAAGCUGCAAGAGAUGCCUUGGAGACGCACGGGGCUGUGGUGCUCAGGGACUUGAUCUCCUCCAACCAGGUGGGCAAGCUGCGGAAGCACAUGCAUCUGCACAGCAGCGCGUUGGACCUGGCUCGGAGCAAGUGCCCACCGGAGAUCGCCCCGGUCCGGGAGUUCUCCGCGGCGCCCUUCCAGGAUGAGGAUGAAGAUUUAGAACCAGUGGUGUCCACACCAGGUCGGCAGCACUUCUGCCUGCGGGGAAGAGCUUUCGAGAAGGCUGUUGAGGAAGCCCAAGCUGGCGCAAUGCCUUUGGUCUGGGAGGCCCUAUGCAGGCAGCGAGCCACAGCUGGGCUUUCACAGACAGCGCGCCCCUACGUAUCGGAGGUGCAGUUGAUGGUGUCGGAUCCGUGCGCAGUGGAUCAGUUCUGGCACGUGGACAAUGCGUCCUCCGGGUUGACCCUGGUGGUGCCGCUCACAGCGAUACCGCAGGAGAUGGGCGCAACACUUCUGCUUCCAGGAUCGCACCAUCUCUUCAAACAGGAGAGCAUUCCUUCCCGCGUCGCGGCUUUCUUCGCCUCCCUGCUGUCUGCGAAUGGGCAGCCGGCCGUUGUGCUUGCAGCUGGGGAUGCCCUUCUAUACGACUCGAGGUUGUUGCACCGCACUGCUGCGAAUCGGCGCUACGACCGAACAGCGGCUGUGCUGGUUUUCCGCUACGACUUCGAAAGGCCACCUGGAAUGGGGCUCGCAGCCGCGCAGAUAUGGUCUUGGACGGGCAACCUGUUGUCAGGUGUUCAUCGAUUCUAUGGCAAGAUGCCUGGGCAAGCCAAAACGGCCUGACCUGAGUGGGUUAGUUAGGAAUGAUUGCAAGAGACCAAGUUGCG